AUGGCAGAACAACAGCAGCAAGCACACAAAUCAUCUGCUUGGGAGAAAGCGAAACAUGGUGGAAAAGCAACAUUCGAUAAAGGCUGGGCCGCAUUCGAGAAACUCGGUGCGCCCGUCAACAAACUCACCAACAAGAUAGGCUCGGAAGCAUUCUGGCCAACGCAACUAGGACCAGAAUGCGACAAGGCAGCGCGGAUCCUAAAGUCCUUUUGCAAGGAUGGAUUCUAUACCGAACAACCAACAAGCAAACCCGGAUCUCCAGGCACAGGCCCAAAGACUAAACCGAAAGUUCUCGUCAAGAUUCCUCAGAAGGUCAUCCAGAAAUGUGUCGGUUUGGCAAUAUUCAGUACCAUGCGAACGGGACUUUGGGUCUCGGGAGCAGGUGGCUCAGGCGUUUUGAUAGCACGGAAGGAAGAUGGAAGCUGGUCGCCUCCAUCUGGAAUCUUAAUUCAUACUCUAGGGGUUGGCUGGAUGGCUGGAAUUGACAUUUACGACUGCGUCAUUGUGAUUAACGAUCGUAAGGCGCUGGGGGCCUUUAGCAAGGUGCGAUUGUCGCUCGGUGGGGAGGUAUCAGCUGUUGCAGGCCCAGUUGGGACAGGUGGAAUAUUGGAGUCCGAACUGUUGAGGCAUCGAAAGCCGGUGUUCAGUUAUAUGAAAAGUCGGGGAUUAUACGCUGGGGUCCAGGCUGAUGGGACCAUAAUCGUGGAAAGAUACGAUGAGAAUGCGAGAUUCUACGGAGAAAAAUUGCAUGUUGGCAGCAUUCUAGCGGGGAAUGUCAGAAAUGUCCCCACGGAAACAAGGCUGUUGAUGGAGGUCGUGAAGCAAGCUGAGGGGCGGACGGAUGUCAAUCCUACGAUACUGCAACAAGUCGAUCAGUAUCCUGUUCCAUCAGAGUCAGCCGUGGAGCACAAUUCGAACCCAACAUCUGAACAGCAAGCACAUUUUGCCCCUCCAGAAGGCUUUUACGCUCCUCAGACAGAUUACAAGCAUUCAUCUGGGGCUGCAACAGCUGCUCAAACUUCAGGUUCUCAAACAUCCUAUGGUCCCCCAGCGCAGGCAUACCCUCAAAGUGGCUACCCCGCGGAUUACAAACAUCCAUCUGGGGCUACAGCUGCCGAAAGUAACCACGCUGCAUAUCCUGGAGGCACCCAAGCUUCAGGAUCUGAACCAUACUAUCCACCUCCACCUCCAGGACCACCUCCUCACACUGCACAAAAUACCUAUCCUCCACCACCCCAGGCCUCAAAUGUCCAUGCUACCCAAGAGGGACAUGCCACGCACACGACAGAGCCACAAAUGUUUUAUCCCCCACCUCCCCAGGGAUCAAACUUUCACGCUGCCCAAGACCCACAUGCCGAACCACAGAUGUUCUAUCCACCACCUCCCCAGGGAGGACCUCCUAGCUAUUCUUGA